CCAUGAUAUUUGAGUAUUCUUAGCGCUUUUCACAUACACGCACGCACGCACGCACGCACGCACAAAAACACGCAGGACUGUGGCGUGGUUUGGGGCUUUGUCUGGACUUGAGUUGGCUUGUUCGCACAUUGACUUGUUGACUUUUUGUCUUUUGUUUUUUGCGUCGUUGAUCUUGGACAGUCAGUCAGUCAGUCAAACAGACAGGCAGACAGACAGACAUCAUGGGGAGGUCUUCUGAAGACACUCAGGCCAAAGACUUGCCGUCGGAAGCUCACUCUAGCACGUCCGAAGACCACUCGACAUUGCCGGCGAUACCUGAGCCGGAGGGCUUUAAUCCGGGAUGGCGGUUCUUUGCUGCCUUUUCGUCGCUGUCUGUGAUUACACUCAUGGCAGCACUGGAUGCUACGUCUCUAUCGGUGGCCCUGUCGAUAAUGGCUAAAGCUCUUGGUGGCACUGCAAUCGAGGCUUUCUGGGCUGGCACGUCCUUUCUCCUGACCAGCACCGUCUUCCAGCCGAUUCUGGGCUCUCUGAGUAGUAUCUUUGGACGCAAGCCUCUGAUAUACGUGAGCUUGGUGCUGUUUCUGGCCGGCUCGAUAGUCGCUGCUGUUGCGAACAACUUCACGGUCAUCCUUGUCGGUCGCAGCAUUCAGGGGACAGGAGGCGGAGGUAUCAUUGUACUUACUGAGAUUGUCGUGACGGACAUGGUCCCCCUGAGGGAGCGUGGCAAGUACUUCUCCUUCAUAUCAGCCAUGUGGUCUGUCGGCACUGUUGUUGGUCCUCUACUCGGUGGUGGCUUCGCGCAGAAUGUCUCCUGGCGUUGGAUUUUCUGGAUCAACCUUCCUUUCAUCGGAAUUGGCGCCGUUAUGAUCACUCUAUUCCUGAAGCUCAACUACAUCACAGCCGCAUUUCUUGACAAGCUCCGCCGCGUCGAUUGGCUCGGCAUGAUCCUCUUCCUGGCGUCCGUCACCGGCUUCCUCAUCCCGCUAUCCUGGGGUGGCAUCAUGUACGAAUGGACCAGCUGGCGGACGCUCGUCCCACUCGUCUUGUGUGGCGCGGGCAUGAUUGCCUUUGUUGUGCACCAAGAGUGGUUUGCGCCCGAGCCCCUGAUCCGCACCUCUGUAUUCAAGAACCGUACGUCGGCGGCCAUGUACGCGGGCACGCUGCUGCACGGCAUGAUCCUCUGGUCUGGACUGUACUAUACCCCGCUAUACUUCGAGGCUGUAAAGGGCUUCUCGCCCAUCCUUACUGGCGUGGCGCUGUUUCCGCAGACUUUCACUGUUGCGCCGGCGGGUAUGGCUGCUGGUGUGUACAUUGCGCUCACGGGCAACUACCGCCGUAUCGUGUGGGCUGGUUGGACGCUUACUGUGCUGGGAUACGGCUUGUUGCAGCUUCUCGAGGUGGACUCGUCCACGGCAACGUGGGUGUGCGUCAACAUGGUCGCGGGCCUGGGCACGGGUAUGCUCUUCCCGGGCAUGGGCAUCGCGGUGCAAGCUGCUGCCUCGCAGGCCGAUCAAGCGUAUGCGGCGACGAUGUUCAGCUUCAUCCGGGCGUUUGGACAGACGAUCGGUGUUGCGGUUGGUGGUGUCAUCUUCCAGAAUCAGCUCAAGAAGAAGCUGAUGGACUCGGUGGUGUUUGCGCCGGUAGCGGAUCUGUACAGCAGAGAUGCCAGCGGGCUCGUUGAGAUCAUCAGGGCUAUGCCAGAUGGUGCGGAGAAGCUGGAGCUGCGAGGUGCAUAUACAGAUGCACUGAAGGUGAUUUGGCUGGUCAUGUGUGUGCUCGGGGGCGUGGCACUGAUCCUGUCGGCGGUAUCGAAGCAGUUUUCUCUGGACCAGGAGAUGGCAACCGAGCAAGGUUUCCAGCACAAGGAGAAGAAAACCGACGAGGAGAAGACCGCGGCGUAGAUUUUUUGUUGGGUAUGUUGGUGUUGUAAUGAUAUUAUGAUUGAUGUAGUAUGGACGGAUCCCAGCUCAGCAUUGGCGUUUGGUGUGCGAGAUAUAUAGGUAAAUAUAGGCAUAUAGAGUGUAG